AUGGCACAACAAGAAGAUAAGAGAUGGGUAAAAGCUUUUCAAGCUAUAAAAAGAGAAGGCGGAGAUGAAUUGUAUAAAAUUUAUGUAAAACAUCUGACAGCUGGAUUCAAAAAAAGCGAGUUUGUUGUUAAAUUAAAAGAGGAGAAUGAAAGAAUCUUAGAUCAAUUAGGAAAAGCAAAUAAAGAAAUAGUAAAUUUAAGAGAAAAAUUGAAAAAAUAUGAAUCAUGUGGAAAUCCAGCACCAAGUAAAAACACAACUGGUGGAUAUGGACGACAACAAUCAAAACCAUCCGCUAAUCCUAAUGUUAAAGCAGAAAUGGAUAAAUUAUCUAAACUUAAUGAUGAGAGUUCUAAGAAAGUUAAAGAAUUACAAGCAGAAGUUGAUAAAUAUAAGAAUGCAUUAUUAGGUAAAGGUAAUGAAAGUGAAGUUUUAGUAACAAACUUGAAGAAAGUUGAAGCUGAAAAGAAUACAUUACAAUCUCAACUUACAAAACUGUCAGAGGAAAAUACAGAAUUAAAUCAUAAAAUUAAUGAAAUGUCCAUGAAGUUGAAAUCACUUGAUAAAGCAAACGAAGCAAAUACAAAUACUUCACAAGAAUAUAUUAACAAGAUUGAAUUAGAAAUUUAUAACACGAGGGAUAUAAUAAUUGAAACAAUUACAAAAGUUUUAACAGUAGUUGGUGCAUCACAAGAAGAUUUUGACAGAACUCACAGCAACUUUGAACAAGUCAAAAAUGAAAGAAUGAAUCUGACAACGUUUGCAGGUUAUGCUAAAGAAGAAAUUGUGAAUCAAAUUGGAGGUUUCAAAAACAAUACAAGAGACCUUUUUGAAAAUGUUAAUAUGCAACUUGUUGAUAUUUUACUUACAUUCACGAAUUUUGCAGGUUACAAUGAACUUUCAGCUGAGAUUGAUGAUACUAAGAAAGAUAUUGAAAGUUCUGAAUUUACGGGUAACACAGAUCCAAUUCAAGGAAUCCAAGUCCUUCUUGAUACAAAUACAAAGAUAUUGCAAAAAGUUAUGAAUGAUUAUAAUGAUUUAAGACAAUCUGCAAAUCAAAUUAUAGAUUAUUAUGCACAAGUUGGACCUGGUAUAACUGACAAAUUAAAUCAAAAUGAUGGUUUUGAAAAAAUUAAUUCAACAGUUGCAACAAUUUUCGAUAGAUUAACACAAUGGAUACAACAAAAACUGGAGAAGUAA